AUGCGACUUCACGUCGUCAGAUUCAUCGUCGGUUUGCUCCUGGUACCGACGGUGCUAGCAUUGCCACCAGUUCCCCAGCGUUAUGUGUCGAGAAGAGCAGGAAAUUGGACCGUUGGUCAGGUUGUCGAUACUACCAGCGGUCCGGUGACUGGACACGCUGCCUCGAAUAAUACCCAAGUCUCUGAAUAUCUGGGUAUACCUUAUGCAAAGCCACCCGUGGACGACUUGCGUUGGCAGCCGCCAGUCGAGUAUACAGGGACGGCGCCGAUAAAUGGAACGACAUUUCCCUUGUACAAUCUCUCGAGAGGUGGCUACUAUGUGACACCUGACGUCCUGCUUCCAGAUACUCCGCAGAGUGAGGAUUGUCUGACGUUAAAUGUGUGGACUGAUCCUCAAAAAGGCGAGAGUUCAAAAGCUGUACUCGUCUAUAUACAUGGAGGAUCCUACACAGGAGGGAGCUCUUCCGAAAAAUGGUUCAACGGGCAGUUCAUGGCCGAGGAGCAAGAUGUCGUCGUCGUCACGAUCAACUACCGGCUCAACAUCUUCGGGUUCCCGGGCAACCCGACGACGGAACUCAACCUGGGCAUCCUCGACCAGCGCAUGGCUGUCGAGUGGGUAAGGGACAAUAUUGCCAGCUUUGGCGGCGACCCAAACCGCAUCGUCAUGUUUGGCCAGUCGGCCGGUGCCGCCUCGGUGGACAUCCAUUCCUACGCCUACGCCUCGGACCCUAUUGCCUCGGGCUACGUGAUGCAGAGCGGCACCGCCUGGGGGUUCGGCGUCCAGACACAAAAGGCCGCCUCGGACCUGUGGUAUCUGGCGGCCCACGCGGUCGGGUGCCACCAGGCCACCGAAGCCCGCGUCUUUGCCUGCAUGCAGUCGAUCCCAGCCAGCGUCCUCAUCAAGCGGCUGCCGCCCAUCCGCUACGGCAUGACGCCCGGCUUGCCCUAUGGUCCCGUCGCCGACGGCAAGCUCGUAUUUGCCGACUACUCGGACCGAUCGCCAGCCGCGCGACCUGUGCUGGUCGGGAAUACCGACGAUGAAUCCGGACUGUCGAAACAUUUGACGCCGUGGUGGGCCGGUCUGCCGCACUGGUACUGGCCGGUGCAGAACAUCUUUGUCUUCACGUGUCCCGCAGGCCAGCGGGCGGCCGUCAGCGUUUCCAAGGGCAAUCCGACCUGGCGAUACAGAUGGUUUGGCGCAUUUCCCAACACACUCCUGCCAUGGAUCCCAUACAAUGGUUCCUGGCACGGAUCAGAGCUGCCAUCGAUUUUCAACACGGCACCGCAGCAAUACUACACCAACACACAACGAGAGAAGGACGUGGGCACCUACAUGCGCGGCGCCUGGGCCGCCUUUGCCAAAGAUCCCGUCCAUGGCUUGCACAAGUACGACGGGUGGGAGAACUACAAGCCCAAUGGCACCACGCUCAUACGGCUGGCGCACGCCAAGCAAGCCAACAAGAACGGUACGUGGGCGAGCUUCAGCAUGGGACCGAGUCGUGCAUACGAUGAUGACUGUGUGUCCGCCUGA